CGUCCACGGGGCCACGCUGCCAGACGCAAGCCUGCCCCCGGCGCCCCCGCGCAGACCCCGCCCCUAGGCGGCGUCCCCGCCCCUAGGCCGCCUCCUCGCAGGCCCGGGACGUGCCCGGUUGGCGACCGAGCGGCGGCGACCGCGUCCGGCGCGCUCACUUCCGCGUCCCUCUGCGCUCCGGCCCGCGCGCGCCCGGCCACCGCCGCCAUCGGACAAUAGGCCGCCCGCGCGGCCCCGCCGCCGGGAGCUCCCUGCCGCGGCCCCACCGGUCCGUGCGCCUCGUGCGCCCCUGCCGCGCUUCCUCUCCGCGCCGGCCGGGACCACAGCUCGGCGGGCGCGCCGGGAGAGCCACGGAGACCGAGUGUCCGGCCGCCGCGCCUUGGCUCCGGCCUCCGCGCUCUCCCGCGCCGGCGCCACCUUCGCCCCCCGCCCGCGGUUGCCGCUUUGUUGUGGGUUUCCAAGUUUGGUUGCUUGAGGAGUAUGUGAUUUUUUUUUUCUGUUUUUCCUUUUGUGAUUUGAAAAAGAGAAAAGACCGCUCAGCGAGGCGCUGCCAGCCGCCCCCACGUGGAUGCCUCCGAGGGAAGGGGAGUUGGAACAAACUUUGUCCAGCUGGCCUUGAGGACUCGGCUCUGGCCGCCUGGGGUCAUGCCUCUCACGCCUGGCAGGUGGAAGGCUUUACCCGUCCUGGGCUGGACUUGAGCCGCGCCCUCCGCCGGCAUCUCCUCGCCGCCGACCCCCUCCACACACGCGCCCGGCGCCUGGGCCCGGCCCUGACCGCGUUCCGCGGCAUGGAUAAGUACGAUGACCUGGGCCUGGAGGCCAGUAAGUUCAUUGAGGACCUGAACAUGUACGAGGCCUCCAAGGAUGGACUCUUUCGGGUAGACAAGGGCGCAGGCAACAACCCAGAGUUUGAGGAAACCCGCAGAGUGUUUGCCAACAAGAUGGCCAGAAUCCACCUCCAGCAGCAGCAACAGCUAUUGCAGGAGGAGACGCCGCCCCGGGGGAGCAGAGGUCCAGUUGACGGUGGGGGCCACCUGGGCCCACAGGCCCACCGGGAGGCUGCCGUGGGUGGUGCGGCCAAGCCCCCUCUUGCUGCCUCGACAGUGGGUUCUGGGGCAGCCCCCAGCAUCGCUGCUGGGCAGCCCGUGUACCCACCCCCGGAGCAGCGGGCCAGGCCCUAUGUCCGAGGCAUGAAGCACGGCAGCCAAGACUGUGGUUCCGAGGAGAGCCCAGCAAGUUCUGCAAUGUCUGCUUUCCACAGGCUGGACACCUGCGAGGAUCCUUCCUGCCUCACCCACGGAGACUAUUAUGACAACCUCUCGUUAGUGAGCUCGAAGUGGGAUGAUGAACCAGGUGCGUCCCCCGACAUCAGGCUAGAGGUAGGGAAGGGACGGCCUGGUACCCCAGGGAGUGACCCACCACUGCUCAGAGCCUCCAGGGACCAUCAGUUGUACCAGCCACAGCUCUCCUCAAGCUCCAAGUCAGUUGAGAGGAGACAAGAUGGUGGUGGUCGUCGUCGCAGUGAGAAGCCAGUGGGUCUUUGGGCCACAGCCUCCUCCCAUCGUGUGAGCCCUGGCCUUCCUUCCCCAAGCCCAGAGAAUGGGGCCCUCUUGGGGCCCUCUCAGUCCAGGACCCCUUUCUUAGCACCCCUGGCUCUGUGCUGCCCCAGUCAAGGAGCUGUUCCAAGAACAGACCCAGGGGUAGGGAGUGAGGUUUCAGGGGUGGUGCCUAAACCCACUGUGGAUCCUCAGCCCUGGUUCCAGGAUGGGCCCACAUCCUACCUUUCUCGUUCUGCUCCACCGUCCUCCCCAGCCAGCACGGACAGUUUGCAGCUGGGGGCAGCCCCUGGACCGGGCCUCAAGCCUGUCAGCACGGACCCUGGCGUUGGUCCCAAACUCAGCCCCACCAGCCUUAUCCAUCCAGCAGUGUCCACCCCACUUGAGUUAUCGUGUAAAGAAGGACCCACUGGCUGGUCCCCUGAUGGCAGCUUGGGGCCUGUGCUCCUGGAGAGCCCCCCCAGGGUUAGGCUGCCCUGCCAGACCCUCAUCUCGGACCCUGACCUUGGACCCUCAGCAGCAGAACUGAAAUUAGAAGCUCUCACCCAACGUCUGGAACGUGAGAUGGAUGCUCACCCGAAGGCCGAUUACUUUGGAGCCUGUGUGAAAUGCAGCAAAGGGGUGUUUGGGGCCGGCCAGGCCUGCCAGGCCAUGGGGAGCCUCUACCACGACACGUGCUUCACCUGUGCAGCCUGCAGCCGGAAGCUGAGAGGAAAAGCCUUUUAUUUUGUCAACGGCAAAGUGUUUUGUGAGGAAGACUUCCUGUACUCUGGUUUCCAGCAGUCUGCUGACAGGUGUUUUCUUUGUGGACAUCUGAUCAUGGACAUGAUCCUGCAGGCCCUGGGAAAGUCCUACCACCCUGGCUGUUUCCGCUGUGUCAUCUGUAAUGAGUGUUUGGACGGGGUGCCCUUCACUGUGGAUUCAGAGAACAAGAUCUACUGUGUCCGCGAUUACCACAAGGUGUUGGCCCCCAAGUGUGCAGCCUGUGGGCUUCCCAUCCUUCCACCUGAGGGCUCAGAUGAGACCAUCCGAGUUGUGUCCAUGGACAGAGACUACCACGUGGAGUGUUACCACUGCGAGGACUGUGGUCUGGAGCUCAAUGAUGAAGACGGUCACCGCUGCUACCCCCUGGAAGACCACCUGUUCUGUCACUCCUGCCAUGUCAAGAGACUGGAGAAAGGCCCCUCGUCCGCAGCACUGCACCAGCACCACUUCUAGCUGGAGCGUCUUACAGACCUCCUGGCGGGGAUGAGGAGCCAGGGUUGCAGGAUGUGAAGGCUGCCAGUUCAUUCCCCGGGCCUCAGGGGGGUGGGGAGAGAAGAGGUAGGCAGGUGAGUUUCUGUGUGUGGGGAGGUGCCUUUCCUUUAAUCCGGGAAGUGAACCCUACCUGUCUGCUAUGUGUACUUUCCAAGUGCCUUUCUCCAGUGCCCCACCUUCAUCUGAUUACUCAGGAAAACACUCCAGCAAGUGUGUGGAGUGUGACAGAUCGCAUCCGUGCAAUUGAAUGAAUGCUCCAGUCCCGUCUGGGAACGGUACAUGCUUCAGAGGGAAGGUUUAUGCUGAGUAGAUUUCACAGUGUCCUCUGAAGGGAGUUUUCAGCUGCCGACACAUUUGGCUCUUUCCCUCCCCUUAGGAAAUACUGAUACCCAGCACCCCUACACCCUGCACACACAGCAUGAUUUAAAACUGCACAUGCACACACGCAUGCACGCACGCGCGCACACACACACACACACGCACACACACGCGCGCACACACACACACAUGCACACACGAUUCAAGACUUCCUUCAGCCCCAGAACCUAAGUUCUGUAGAAUGGCUGCACAUUUUACAUUCAUUAUGGCCAUGUGCCUUGUAUCUUACGGAAGAAUUUUCUUGGUAAAUCAUAGCCAGGUUUGGAAAUAAGUGACACAAGGUUUUCUCCUGGUACACUGACAGCAUUCUGUGUGCCCCUGCAAGGCUCCCUUACAGGCAGCUGGGGGCCUGAUGGAGAUGUGCCCUGUUCUGGCAGAGUGUGCUUGGGGACAGGAACUUGGUGCGGGCACCAGGCCUCUUCUGCCCACCUCUGUGCCGUCUUCCCCUGGACCUCUCAAGGGUCUGUGACUUUGUAGUCGCUCCUGCAGAGGCAAGUCUCAGGGUUUCUUGUGCCUGUAUGAGCUUCCUUAAUGGUGGGCCAUUUGGAAGUCCUGCCCACUUGCUGAGGGCUAGCCCCUUGUAAAUGAGGAGAGAAUUGCAUGUGCGAGAUCUCUAAGCCAGCAUGGGAAGGAGCGCCUCAGUAUUAGUUCCUAUGUUCGUUUCACAGGUUUCUCUCUCGCCCAGAUUUUGCACAGACAUUAUGUUUGAAGAAACCAGUAUAUAAGGUACAAUGCUUUUGUCUGUUUUUAAUUUUUUCUUUUUUGUUUUUGUCAUUUCCCUCCACUUUCAGUCUUCCACACAUUAAAAAAUACCUCACAGUUAAGAGCUUCACCAAAUCACAGAUAAGGAGGAAAUCAGCUGUCACACUGGACUCGGAUAACCUUCUUUUUGGUGGUAGAAAUCUCUGGCUUCACAGAGGCCAGCUUCCAGCAGGUCAGGGCACUGUGAACUGAACAAAGGGUCAGGUGGGAAAAGAUCUGAUUGAAAUUGGGGUGCUGUUGCCUUGUGCAUUUCAUUAUGCUGCCCCCCCACCCCAGGUGGCAGGCGCUCAGGGAGGGCCACACACUGGCAAGACUUCAAGGCAUCACUUCAAUAUGCACAGAAGAGGCAAAAUUUGCCCUGCAUCUCAUACCCUGAGGCCAUAGGUCAAUAUCUCUUGAUGUGUCAAUGAGAAGAUGCUACUAAAAAAAAAAGGUGGGCUGGCAUUUGCCCUUUCAGCCUGUGCGGAGGGCCCCAUGGCCUAAGUCUUGUGGCAGAAAGGGGGUGGCCCUCUCACCCCUACCAGCCGGGCUGGGGGCACGGCAGCCGGCAUCUGCUCUCUGCCUCCUCACCUCAUGCCUAGGUGGGGGCCCCGGGCAGCUGGGGCUGCAGAGUGUAGUCGGUGAAACCCAAAGGCACGUGGGACUUGCAGACUCUUCACUGGGCCCAGCUCUGCUUCUAAGCCAUGUUUUGACUCACUGGUAGCAGUUGCAGUAAGUACUGAGCUGGCAUAUUGGAUUUUCAGUUCCAUUUUUAUUCAUUCUGUUGGGAGUCCUUUGUCCCAGACUGUGUGCUUUCAUUGACUCCUUUUCACUGGCUGAGCCUUCUGAAAUCCUGGGAGUGCAUGCAGCUGGGGCAGUGAGCCCUACAGCUGCACCCCUCCCUCGCAUCAAGCCGCCUAGCUCAGCACUGGCGGGGUUGGUGGGCCCGUGAGUCUUAACUUGUCCUUGGCCAACCUAGGAAUGUUUCUGGCCUUGCUGGUACACCUUUGCUCUUCUUCCAAGUCAGAGUGAAGAAAAUUGCCUUGGAGUCAUUGUCAGAAGUAGCAGGGAUUUGUUUGCAAAUUGGGUAACUAGUAAGUUUAUACAUCUGUGGUUAGAUUUUUAAAUGAACUUUUAGACAUGGUCUUAUUGAGGUGAUUCAGCUAUCUCUGCACAUACGGCAUUUUAGAUCAUCCAAGAAGAAGAGAAUUUCCAAAUACCCUAGAAAUCUGAGCAGCAACUUGUUGCAGUGUCCCAGAGAGGGUACUGGGGAAGAAUCUCCUGUCAGUUUUGUUUCUCAGGCCCUUCCACAAAAGCCAUGAACAGAUGUUCACUCACCUGGUAUCUGAAACACUAAGUUAUUAGCCAAAUAGAACCAUAAUAGGGUUGUAUUUUUAGGCACCUGGAAAGCACCUGGUAAACCAGGAUGAAUAAGUUUGUUUUAAAAAGUAGAGCAAAUCACCCUUCCUGAGUUCCCUGGAUGACUCCAGGACUCUAGAUAAAUGAGAAUUAUGGCCUGAGAUCCCAGAGCCAGCCUCCAUCCAGCCUUCUCCCUUCCCUCAUUUUGUCCUUCCGUUUUGUGUCAUCUACCUAGCUAGGGCCAUUCAAAACCUGCCUGGGUGGUCCGAGAAAAGCCUAGUUUGUCCUACUGUAUCUGGAUCCUUUUCUGAUGUUAUUCCCCCAUCUCUCCAGGAGUAAAGGGUGAUUUGUUCAUUUCUCACCAUGGAAGGGCAUUUAAUCUUGUCUGGAUCCCAUUUUAGCUGAGUCUGCUUACGUUGUGCCAGUGGGUUCUGGGUGGCCGAGGGACAGUCAAGGAGUUUGAUCAUCUUCAAGUGCCACCAUCACUUUGUUUCUGUGGGCUUGAGGCACAGAUACAAAAGGAAAAACAGACCUGUUAGUAUUUGAGAGGAUUAUUUGGAAUUCCCCAUCCUUUGUGGGUUGUUUAGUGUGCCAUUUGCCAUGUGUGUGGCAAGGGUGAGGGCUGCUGGUGUUCUGGCAAAGACUGCAUGCAAGGCUUGACCCCGACUGCUGUUGUCUGAUGCACUUGUUAAAACUGUCUGCCAGGAAGCCACGUAUUUUGUACUCUCUUUUGGGCCAGCAAUAAGUCCUAAUUUCCCAAUUACUAUUUUACUUCAAAUAGUAAAAGAGUAAAAAGUUAACUUCAUUUUAAAAAGUAAUAGGAAGAAAUUAGUUAAAUAUAUUAGCUAUCUAUUAUUCUGAGCCAGAACUGGGCAGAUGUGGGAAAUUUCCAUAUAGUGUAUGAAAAUUUCACUGUGCAGGGAAAUUAUUUUCCUCUGUGUGUCUUCUUUUACUACAGAAUUAUUCAAAAAUGUUACUGUUACUAUAAAAUUAUUCAAAAUGUUGCUAUAAAAUUAUUCAAAAUUUUACUGUUGCUAUAAAAUGAUUCAAAAUAUUGUUACAUAAAAUUAUUCAAAAUAUGACAAAACUGCAUCAUUUUGUAGACUAUUAAACUGUUCUCCAACAGAAUGAUGUUUACUGGGUCUUGUGUGUGUAUAGAGUGAGCUACAAGG